GGCACAUGAGUCAUGUGAUCUCGUCUAAGGAAGUUAUGUCUUGUGCCGAUGCUGAACCUAUACUGUAAUUGCAAAACACAGAAAAACGUCGUCCUCAUGGCUAUCUUCUCAGACAGUUAAUUUCACGCCAACAAUAUACUCACGUUUUAUAACCGCUUUUAUUUGCCCUAUUUAUUCUGAGACAGUUCAGAUUUUAUGUCGCAUAUUUAUUUAUAGUUUCAAAACGUUUAGAUGGCUACAGCAACCGGCAAUUGCAACCACGGAAGCGCCCGUUCAGAGAAGGACAGGCUGGUUUCCUCUGUGUCUCCUCGCGGCUACGGCUCCAGCGACAGCAGCGGCGAGCACGUUCACCACAGAGACAGCCAUGGCAACCCCCGGUUGCCCACUGCGACGGCGGGGGGUUGGCUGGGGGCGGAGCAGGAAGAGGAGGCCCUGCGCAGGAAGCUCAAGUACUUCUUCAUGAGCCCAUGUGACAAGUUCCACGCCAAGGGCCGCAAGCCCUUCAAACUGGGCCUGCAGCUGCUCAAGAUUGUCAUUGUCACCGUGCAGCUGGUGUUGUUUGGCCUCAGCAACCAGAUGGUGGUGACGUUCAAGGAGGAGAACACCAUGUCCUUUAAGCACAUCUUCCUGAAGGACUAUAACGAGGGCCCCGACGACACGUUGGCCGUGUACACACAGAGCGACGUCUACGAACACAUCUUCUACGCCGUACACCAGUAUGUGGUGCUACCCGAGACCACGGUGGGACGCUAUGCGUACGUCUAUGGGGUCGGGGUGAACGGGAGUGCCCUCUCUCUCUGCCAGCAGUACUACAAGAAGGGCAGCAUCGAUCCCGCCAAUGAUACCUUCAACAUUGACCCUCGUGUUAUCACAGAUUGUGUGGGAGUUAACCCUCUGUCAGUCCCUCGAGCUCCUUUAGGCAGUGACUACAAGAACUUUACCCUAAAGUUCCACAAACUUAUAAACGUCACGAUACAGUUCCAACUAAAGGCCAUCAACAUUCAGACCAUCAUCAACAACGAGAUUCCUGACUGUUACACCUUCUUCAUAACAAUAGUCCUGGAUAACAAGGCUCACAGUGGGAAAGUAAGGAUCAGUCUGGAAAACCAGGCUUUUAUAGAGGAGUGUAAAGACCCCAGUGUGUCUGGGCACGCGGAGAACUACACGCGCCUACCGUUUGACGUGGUGGUGGCGAUUGUUUGUAUGCUGUCCCUGCUGCUGUGUGGCCGCUCCAUACUCCGCGGCAUCAUACUACAGGCUGAGUUUGUCGAGUUCUUCAAGACUAACCUGGGCCGGAAAGUCAGCUGGGAUGAAAGGAUGGAAUUCAUCAAUGGCUGGUACAUCCUGCUCAUCAUCAGUGACGUUCUUACCAUCAUCGGCAGCGCCAUUAAGAUCGGCAUAGAGUCCAAGAAUAUGUCAUUGUAUGAUGAGUGUGGCAUCCUGUUGGGGACCUCCACCUUGUUGGUGUGGGUCGGAGUCAUUCGCUACCUCAGCUUCUUCCAGAAGUACAAUAUCCUGAUCGUGACCUUGCGAGCUGCGUUCCCCAACGUGAUCCGGUUCUGCUGCUGUGUGGCUGUCAUCUACCUGGGCUACUGCUUCUGUGGCUGGAUCGUGCUGGGGCCCUAUCACGUCAAGUUCCGCUCUCUCUCCAUGGUGUCGGAGUGCCUGUUCUCGCUGAUCAACGGCGACGACAUGUUUGUGACCUUCUCAAAGAUGCAGGAGAGCAGCACACUGGUGUGGGUGUUCAGCCAGGUCUACCUGUACACCUUCAUCUCCCUCUUCAUCUACAUGGUACUGUCGCUCUUCAUCGCCCUCAUCACCGGCGCCUAUGAAACCAUCAAGCACCAAACCCAGGAGCCCUACCACAUUACGGACCUGCACGCCUUCAUCGCAGAGUGCACUGACACGCCCAGCUCGGGCAUGUACCGGGGCCUCGAGACCUCGCCCUGCUCCUUCUUCUGCUGCUGUGACAGAACGACAACAUACGAGGAUGUCCUUUUGGUGAACUGACUGGGAUGGGGUGUCUGAACCUACAGCGCUCUCUGCUGGCCGGAGCGCCACACUGCAUCCAGAUUUUCAUUGUCCUUACCAUCAAAUCUAGGUCAUGCAUGAGCACUUACUUGAAUGAGGAGCCUCAGUUCAACCGUAUACAGACAGAGGACUAUGAGCUGAAAGCCUAAUCUUUUUUUGAUUGGAUUCAUUGGCCAGACCUCCUGCAUUGUGUGAAUGUUAUAGGGAUGUUGCCUGGAUGUUACACAGUAACAUACAGCUCAACACAGCAUUCCCCACACAGAAAGAGAACAACAGUAUUUGACCAAAAAUCUGGAUAUUUGCACAAUCCAUACAUGCUGAGGACCAUAGUGCAAUGUGAAAUGUCUUGUUAGCACUAAUGCUAACGUUUAGCUGCUUUUAAUUGUUUUACAUGGGUUUUUAGGUGUUCAGUAAGUUGCACAAAGGAAAAGAACUGGACAGAGCAUGUUUUUUUUUAUAUCAGAAGUUCUGGUUAUAUAUGAAGGGGAUGACAAUGACAUGCGUACUUCAUACUAGGCCAGAGACAGCUCUGGAGUAGCAUUCACACUGUCCAUAAAAGGAGAGGGCACUUAAGCCCAAGUCACAUGACUCACCCAAGAACAUCAUUGCCCUGUCAUGAGGCGCAAGCCCAGCAAGAACUGCUGAGAGCAAGGCUGGCUUCGCCGCAGUGCAUUGUGGUCACCACCGCUGCUCUCAAGUGUGCAAGUACAUUGAACUUAAACCCUGCACUGCGCCUGGACCCAAUGGCUCACUCAAUAGCCUUAAUCUUUGCUCAGAUGUACAAAUCUCCUGCCUAAUAGGCCGUGUUUAGACAGGCAGUCCAAUUCUGAUCUUUUUUUCCACUAAUUGGUCUUUUGACCAAUCACAUCAGAUCUUUUUCAGAGUUUAUCUGUUUUUUUUUUAAAUUUUAAAUACAGAUUAGUAGAAAUAAGAUAAGAAUUGAGCUUCCUGUCCAAACGCAGCCAUUGUAUUUCAGAGUUUAAGACCGAUCAGUUAAAAAACCUGUACUCACACCCGGGUGCUGGGUCUGGUCUCCAGGAACAAUAUCCAUAGAAUUGUUCUAUAGUUUAAGUUGGACACAUAAAGAGCUGCAGUGCAUCAUCUCAAUCACACAUACAGUUUCAGUAGGUGUUAAUCCGAUGACACAGCAAACAGGGUAAACGUCAGCGCUAUUGUUGAUUUGUACGUGUCAAGUUGUACACUGUACAUGUCCUGUUCACGAUGCACAAAAUGAUGCUGCUUCAUCAGAGUUCAUUUGGAAGGGGACCCGUAGUGAAUUAGUCAAAUCCACUCCGAGUCUCACAAAGACCCACUAACCCAAUACCCACCAUGCCACAACAUUCCGGUCGCAAUGGUAAUGUGACUUUCCAAUUUUGGCUGACCUGAAUGUAACUUCCUUAAAUGAGGAAACUACAUGAUUGGAAAAUGGAGAGUUCAUCUAUUUUUGGGGGGGUGAAUUUUUUAAAAGGCCUAAGCUCCAGUCAUGGACAAUAUGGAUGGAUAACUGCAGAUUGUAUCCGACUGGUCUAAAGAACAAAGACUGCCAGCGAGUAACGAGGAGAGGAUAACGAGCAGGCAGGACAGCUAAACGAGGCCAGAGGGAUGGGGUAUUUGCGAGCACUGCAGUAAUGCCUGUUAUGUUGACCCAGAAGAAUGCUCUUACAUAUGUUUCGUUCCCAUUCUGUUUUAUGCCUCAUAAUGAUGCCUAAUUUAAAACUAGCCAAUUGCUUUGUCCUAGUGAAAGUUUAAAUUAUUUUUAUUUUUUAUUUUUUAUGUUGGGUUGUUGCGGUAUCUAGAGAGAAACGCCUAAGGGGAGUGUGGUCUUCAGGUUCAGACUCCAGAAAGUGGUCAUGAAUUGAGCUUUGUACUCCAGUCACUAUUGAAGAAGAAAAAAUCAUAUAUUUUUUAAUAUGUUAUAGGCCUGCUUCCAUUACGGUCCCCAGCUACUUCUAAAAGUGAACCUUUUGUCGUUUUGAUAGAUUCCAAAGAACCAAGGUGUAGGCAAAGUUUAUAUAGGAGUAUAACCUCCCAAAUAGGCUAAAAGCAGAGCUUUCGCCAUAUCCGUUCUUUAGGAUCUGAGAACACCAAAGGGCUGGAGCCUACGAGAAGUGGCUAGGGGCCGAAAUGGUACAGGGCCAUAGCCUGUCUGUUAGUGAGGAGUCAUGUAGCUCUUAUUUGAAUGGUCAUAUAGUACAUUUAAAUUAAAUGUAUGUUCUUAACUAAGCAGUACACCAACAGGAUUUGUUUUUGGCCUUGCGUUUGUAUAUUGUAGUAUUAGACACUUAGAUGUCCUGUCCAAGCAGUCUGUAGACAUUUAUACAGUUCAUUGUGUAAUCUUUUUUUUUAUGUUGAUUGUACUUGAACAUUGUUUUGAGUAUGUUGGAUCUCUGUGCCACACUCAGUACGAAGCCAAACCACUGAUGAUUAAAUGCCUGUUUGUUCACCUGGCUGGAAAUACUUUGGAGAAGGAGGAGGUGGCAAAUGCUUUGGGCUGCAUCCCAAUUCUCCACCCUUCUCUCAAAGUCUGCACUUGCAUGCAUCAAUGGAUUUAAAAGCAAUGGAUUGGUGUAAUCGUUGGCAAGAGGGAAUUUCCUCUUGUUAAGUCUGUGACGGGAAGUGUGCAAAUGCAAUUUUCUUUAUAAAGGGUGAAGAAUCAGGACGCAUCAAUACUUUGGUUUCUUCACCAUUUGAUUUAGAUCCAAACAAAGCCGGUCAAAUUGUCUGCUUUGUUUGUGUUUGAGUUAUAUAUUAUUUGCAGGAAACUCUACUCUAGGCCCAUAGUCAAGCUUAUAUUAUAAAGUGUGUGACGGAAAAUCGUGAGUUUACCACAGGAUGUAAUUACCUGAAGUUACCAGAAGGGGGAAUACGGGCUUUUGCACCCCUCAGACUCGGACAGUAACAUCCUAAAGGAGGAGAAUAGACCACCUUACAUCUAAGUUCUGUUUAUUAGGUAGACAGAGACAAUAGGGAUCUAAUACAACCGAAGACUAAAUUAUAGUAUUAUAGUACAACAAAUACCAUAGGUACAUUUACACGAUUCAUGUAACAUUCGAUAUGCACAAAUUCGGCACAGUCCACAUAGCAAAACGGCGAUGGUAGAUCUCCUUACAUAGAACACAUGUGCCCAUAUCCUGGUAACACAGGAAGUUGGUGGCACCUUAAUUGGGGAGAACGGGGCUCGUGGUAAUGUUUGGACUGGAUUUAGUGGAAUGGUAUCAAACACAUGUUUUUGAUGCCAUUCCAUUUGCUCCUUUCCCGGCCAUUAUUAUGAGGCGUCCUCCCCUCAGCAGCCUCCACUGCUAAUGUACCUUUCCUAAGCAGCCUUUGGCGGCUGAUGCAGCACAUCAUCCCUUCCAGCCCACUAAACCGAAUAUCAUCAUCCAUUAUGUACUGUCCUGGCUGCCCAUCCUUUAGCUGAGCUCUUGGCCCAUGUCCAUCUCAGUGACUCACUCUUUGUUCUUGCACUCUAAUAGUCUGCUGGGUGUGUCCACUGUGUAUGUGCACACCACUUGAUGCUGGCGAUGAGUUUUCUUAUUUUUCUCCACACCAAUUACAAACACACACAUACGAACAACGACUUACAGACGCACACACAAGCGACGACGACUAUCUCCUCUGCCAGACCCGCGUGGUCUCGCCCCCGUCCCUCGUGCCUGCAUUAUUGUUUGCCACUUGGCCUUAAAUUGUACCAAUUAGAUUUUGUUUCUCAAUAUUUCAAUAAUAAAUCAUUUGAUUUCUCCCUUG